AUGCUCUGCAACGUGUUAUCCUUUCUGCUCAUCCAGGCCGUCUUUGCGCUCUUGGCCCGGGCCGACCUCUACCUCACAUCUCCGCUUCCGGACACAACGUGCACCGGAGGCAAGACUUGCACGGUGAACUGGGUCGACGACGGUGUACAGCCCCUGAUCCCCGUCAUUGGGCCGUGCUAUGUCGCGCUCUACAACGGGAACAUGAGGCUCAUCCAGCAGAUUGAGCCGGUGGAUGUAUCGUCGCAGCACUCCCUUGAUUUCACGCCUGACCCGAACUCUGGCCCGGACUCUGUGGGAUAG